AUUGUUUAACAGAGGUUCCAUUCUCUAACAAUAUAUUGAAUCGGAGCAGCGGCCGGAGCGAGCACACUAAGAUCAAUCGAAAUGGUUGUUGGGGGGCAAGUUACCCACGAGUUAGAGGUUCAAGUGUCGGCAAGCCAGGCAUGGGAGCUGAUAAGCACCCUUGAGCUCGCCAAACUCAUCCAACAAACUCUCACCGAUGUAGUUGAAAAAAUUGAAGUCGUACAAGGCGACGGACAGGCCGGCACCAUUCUCAGAAUAACAUGUGCACCGGGAGUGCCGGGCCCUGGAUGGCAAACGGAGAAGUUCACAGUGGUGGACAAUGAAAAGCGGGUGAAAGUAGCGGAGGUGAUUGAAGGUGGAUAUCUGGAACUAGGGUUUACUCUGUUCCGAGUUCGAGCCGAAAUCAUAGAGUGCUCCUCCUCCAGCUGCAUUAUCAAAUCCAGCCUUGAGUAUGAGCUAAAGGAAGAGGCUGCUGCCAACGUUGCGAUCGACUCACUCGUGUCUGCGCAUCCAUUCGCAAAAAUUGCAGAGAUCGCCAAAAACCAUCUCCUCCUCCAAAACGAAAAUAAUAGAGACUAUGAUGCAUGAUCGAGUACGUCUGAUGAACACAGCAUGCGUGUAAACGCUGUAUCUUGUUUUGCCAUAUAUAGAUGCCAUAUGAAUAAGCAAUUUAAAUAAGCAUAAAAAAAAAAUAAGCAAUUUAAAUUCUAUCAACUCUAGCAAGUAUUGAUAUUGGCGCCUUACUAUUUGGUCAUGCUACAUUGUAGAUCAAUGCAGUUUAUCAAUCAGCCAAUAGUGCGUACGUUUUG